UAAAAAGCAAAAAUAUAAUAAAGAGAAAACAAACGUUUUUUUCCUGCUUGCUUCUCUCUUUGCUUGCGUUUUCUCAAAGGUUCGAAGAAAACGAAGAACCACGCUUUUGCUUUUUUCCCAAGACUUAAUCUAAAAAGCGAGAUUUCCUUCUUUCGAUUCUUUUUUCUCAAUCUGGUUUUCAGUCUUCGGAUUCAAUGGCGUCUGGAUCUUCGGGUCGGGUCAACUCAGGAUCCAAAGGUUUCGAUUUUGGCUCCGAUGAUAUCCUUUGCUCUUAUGAUGACUACACCAACCAAGACUCCUCUAAUGGUCCUCACUCCGAUCCUGCGAUCGCUGCUUCCAACUCCAACAAGGUUAACCACACUGAUUUACCCUUUUCUUCCUUUUUUUAGGUUCGGGUAUUUUGCUCGAUCGGCGAUUUUUGUUUGAUUUUUGGGAAUCUAGAGUUUUGAUUUGUGGUUUGCUCAGAGAUACGUGUAAAAACAAUUUCGAGGAGUCAAUAUCGAACUAGUCCUCUUAGUGUUGAGCUAAUUUAGCUAGUUAUUUCUAUGUUGGUUGUGACUUAUGAGGAGCUAUGUUCUGUGGAAACGCCUUAGCUAUGAAUCUGACUUGGAACUAGAGCUUGUUAAGCUGUGCUUGUCCUCCUUAUUUUCAAUUGGAAGAAAAUUUCAUCCACUUUUGAUCAGAUAUACUGAGCGAGUCUUUGUUUAUUGUUUCAUUUUUUUGCUUGUAGGAAUUCCAUAAAACAAGGAUGGCAAGGUCUUCGGUUUUCCCUACAAGCUCUUACAGUCCACCAGAGGAUUCUUUGAGCCAAGACAUUACUGACACUGUCGAAAGGACCAUGAAGAUGUAUGCUGAUAACAUGAUGCGCUUUCUUGAAGGCCUCAGUUCACGCUUGUCUCAGCUUGAACUCUACUGCUACAACCUUGAUAAGACCAUUGGAGAAAUGAGAUCGGAGUUGACUCAUGCACAUGAGGAUGCCGAUGUGAAGCUUAGAUCUCUCGACAAACAUCUUCAAGAGGUGCAUAGGUCUGUCCAGAUUCUUAGAGACAAACAAGAGCUAGCAGAUACUCAGAAAGAGCUAGCGAAGCUACAACUUGUGCAGAAAGAGUCAUCUUCGUCGUCUCACUCUCAACAUGGUGAGGACCGUGUCGCCACUCCUGUUCCAGAGCCUAAGAAGAGCGAGAACACCUCUGAUGCACACAACCAGCAGCUUGCACUUGCUUUGCCUCACCAAAUAGCCCCACAGCCACAGGUGCAGCCGCAGCCACAGCCACAACAACAUCAGUAUUACAUGCCUCCUCCUCCUACACAGCUUCAAAACACACCUGCACCGGUGCCCGUUUCUACUCCACCAUCACAACUUCAAGCACCACCAGCGCAGAGUCAGUUCAUGCCCCCACCUCCUGCUCCAUCUCACCCAAGCUCAGCCCAAACUCAGUCAUUCCCGCAGUACCAGCAAAACUGGCCACCCCAACCACAAGCCAGGCCACAGUCAAGUGGAGGCUACCCAACAUACUCGCCUGCACCACCAGGCAACCAACCGCCAGUAGAAUCGUUGCCAAGCAGCAUGCAGAUGCAAUCACCAUACUCUGGACCUCCUCAACAGUCUAUGCAAGCUUACGGAUACGGUGCUGCACCACCACCACAGGCUCCUCCUCAGCAGACAAAGAUGUCUUACAGCCCCCAGACUGGCGAUGGGUAUCUACCCUCAGGACCUCCUCCUCCUUCCGGGUAUGCCAAUGCCAUGUAUGAAGGUGGGCGAAUGCAAUACCCACCACCUCAGCCGCAGCAGCAGCAGCAGCAAGCCCAUUACUUGCAAGGUCCACAAGGUGGUGGAUACUCUCCCCAGCCGCACCAGGCAGGUGGCGGUAACAUUGGUGCACCACCUGUGUUGAGAUCAAAAUACGGUGAACUGAUAGAGAAGCUAGUGAGCAUGGGUUUCAGAGGAGACCAUGUCAUGGCUGUUAUUCAGCGGAUGGAAGAGAGUGGCCAACCCAUCGACUUCAACACCCUCCUCGACAGAUUGAGUGGGCAGUCCUCAGGAGGACCUCCCAGAGGAUGGUGAUGCCAUGGCUCCCCUCUACUUGUGUAUCUUUCAAAAUAAAACUGUGCUUCCUCUUCCUCCUCCUCUUUGCGUUACUCUAUAGAGGCCCUAGUUUUAUUGGGCCCAAUAGAUUGGGUCUGUUGUGUAUUGUUAUAAGACUCAAUUUAUAUUUCUUUAAAAAGCCUUAUUAUUUGUGUAUGUGUUACUUUCAAUGUUUUUCUUGAACCCAAAAUCUCUUAUCAAUGAUUUGCUGCUUUCUUUACUUC